CUAGUGGAUAAAAAUAAUUAAAGCAUGUUUGCUGCACAUUGGUAUCCCUAUAGUUAAGGACAUUCUUUCAUAGUACAUUUUACACGUUUACCUUAAGAAUCAACCAGUACAACCGAAAUUAAAUCGACAUAAUUUGUUGUAUAUGACGGUAGCGGUUGCCAUGAUUGUUUCAAGCGUCACUAGAUCUGAGCGAUGUGAAAAGUUUUUUUAAAUAAUGUGUGUUUUUUGGAUGGUUAUCGACUAUAAAUUGCAUCGUUUUUGUCCAAAGUGAUUCAGAAUGGUUGUGGAUGUACCAUUGAAAUCCCAUUUUAAAAUGCAACCUGUUGGCAUGAACCCAAAGGAAUUGUCAGAGAACGAUGAUCUGGCUACAUCAUUGGUAUUGGACCCACAUUUGGGGUUCACCACACACAAAAUGAACGUGCGAUUUAGGCCCUUAAAAACUAACACCACAGAACUGAAAAGCAUCAUAGCUGAUUUUAUAGCUAAUCAAAAUUAUAGUAAAACUUACGCUAGAAUUUCUAAGGGUGAGUGGAUGCCUAGGAUUAAAACAAAAAUUCCACAGAAGAAAUUGGAAGAACAUAUUUACCGAUAUUUACGCGUUUUUGAUAGAGAGUCGGGUUUCGUAAUAGAACCAUGUUUUCGUUACUCAUUGGAAGGCCAAAAGGGGGCAAAAAUAUCAUCAACAAAAAAAUGGUACAAAAACGACAAAAUCGAAUGUCUGGUAGGUUGCAUAGCAGAAUUAACCGAAGAGGAGGAAAAACAACUGUUGAAUCCGGGAAAAAACGACUUUUCAGUCAUGUACAGUUGCCGAAAAAAUUGUGCGCAGCUUUGGUUGGGACCUGCUGCUUAUAUUAAUCACGAUUGUAGGGCAAACUGCAAGUUUGUUGCCACAGGACGGGAUACAGCUUGUGUUAAGGUAUUGCGAGACAUUGAAGAGGGCGAAGAAAUAACUUGUUUUUAUGGCGAAGACUUCUUUGGCGAUAAAAAUUGCUACUGCGAGUGCGAGACUUGCGAACGACGCAAAAUGGGGGCGUUUGCAAAAGAAGCUGACCCGAAAGAGGAAAAUGGUUACAGACUGAGAGACACGGACAAUAGAAUCAACAGGACUAAACAAAAAGUACAGGGUAAAACGAACAACAAUAACAAAGAGCCGGCGGAGGUUUUCAAUCAGCGGUUACAGCCGCCCGAAAACGGAAAAGUCUUAACGCCGCUCAGCAUGAAGGAACUGCGCCAGAAAGGCCUCACCAAAUACGAUGCCGAGAUGUUGAUCGCGCAAGGAUGCAAGUUUUCCGAUAUUGAUUCUCUAAAUGUGUGUGCGAGUUCAAACGUCACCGAAACUGUGAUAGACAACGGCGCGGACAUAAGCGCGCCGGAAGAGGGCGACGCGUCCGUCGGUUCGGACUCGAGAGCGUCGCGCUUGCGCAGGAGGCAGGCGCGACAAGCAAACCAAGAGCUUAUGCAAACGGCGGGGCGCAACGUUUCCAGAUCGAACCUCCUUGACGAUUUGCAGAGCAACGCCAGUAGCUGUCCGAGCACUUUUAGCGACACGGACCCGGUGGCCGACGGCGGACAGCAAAACAAGCAGUUCAACGACUGCCACGAGAGUGGAAAAGUCAUUACAGACGAUAUAGUGAAGCCAACCCGCACACUGCGCAGCAGCGGCCCUCUAGAAGACCUACCAGCAAAAACUCAAGCUACCGACUGCAACCAGAACGGCUUGACCGCUCUGCCGGAAAAACCCGAACCGAUGCUUGUCGUGGAGCUCGCUCGACCUCGCCGCACUACUUCGAAAAACGCGCGGCGUCGGAAAGCGAACGCGCAUCGGCGCACCAAAAGGAAGCUCAACAACGGGGAUGCAGUCUGCCAGAAGGAAGAAGAUGUUUAUGAUUUUAAUGAUGACGAUGCUUUGGCGACCGCAGUUGACGACCUAAUUCUGCGCAAGGAUAAGGCGAGAGCGAGUGAGUGUGGUGAUAUGGAAUAUCGUGAUAGUAACAGCAGCAGUGUUGGCUUGGAGUCGUCCACGAACUCCGAAGAAGUAACACUCGACGCAACACCGCCAGAUACGAGAAAGAAGACUGAUGAAGUGGCAAAAUCUUCGCCGCCAGCGUUCGACGGCUGGUCCGCUAACACGAGGACGGGGACGCCACCGCCACCAACGACGAUGACGGAGGUGGUGGAAAGGCGUCCGCCUUCGGAUGCCAGCGUGCGGACACCGGAAAAAGGCGGUGGAGGACUGAAGUUGACUCUGCGCAUGAAGAGGAGCCCCGUGCUGGACGAGGUGAUCGAGUCCGGUACAAGUCUGGGCGAGGAGUGUUACGAGCGCGAGUACGAAGUGCUACGACUUGAAGGCGUGGGCGACCUAUCCUACACACCGUACUCACACCGCAAAAAGCGUCACAAAUCGAAAGACCGCAAGCGCGAGCGACGGCUGAGGGCGGCCGCCGCCAUUAGCGGUACCGACCCGCAAGCCGCCUCUGAAGUGCCGCACGUACCAAUGAAACGUUUGCGCCUGAUUUUCGGCAAGGAAAGCCACACGAUUGACAUACCGUCCAGCAGCAGUGACAUCGGAAACCCGGCAGGUGCUGGAGGCGGUAGCGCAACCGCGAACUGUCACAUUUGAUCGUGGCGGCUGCGCCCCCCGCGACCUUUCACCGGCUUGGGCAGCAUUGUGCAGAUGGUAUUGUGGUCGAAAUAAUAAAAAAUUAACCUACAAGGUAUGGUAUCUUUUUGUUUUCCUUUCGUCUUUACCUUUCGUCGGAAGGUUGUUUCGAUAUAUUGAUU